AAAUCAUCUACCGACCGAACGAAUGCAUAAACCGAUACAACAACACGUUUAAUAAAUGCCAACAAAAACAAAAACCAACAACGGCAACGACGACGACGAUAAUAAAACUCAUAUGCAUACAAUGAUAAUAUUAACCCUGUACCAAUAACGUGUGUCUCUAACUGUUACUGCCUGCCUCUUUCUAACGGCUCUUAUAUCUUUUCUAUCAAAAUUCUCGACUAUGUAUUUGUAUGUGUGUGUCUGAUGUUAAUCUAUAUUUAAAUCAUCAAUGCCACGUUAUCAAUACCGUUUAUUUAUGUUGUUGUUGUUGUGCUAAAACGACAUACGAUCUACGGUCAUUGUGCUAAUGCGGCAUAUCUUGUGCAUUCUGAAAAAUAAAACAAUAAAAACAAACAAAUUAUCUGUUUUUGUCAUUUCAAAACAAUAACUAAACAUCCCAACCCACCCACUUUUUGGUCACCCAUAUUCAACUCACUGUCUAUUAAUGGCAACAAACUAAAAACCUCUCAUCUAACGGGUUUUCUAUUUCCCCCUUUUCCAUUUUAAUACGCAUGUUCUACGUAUACUCUACGUAACAGAUAUUGCAGACAACUUGGCUGUAGCAACAGCAGUUGUAGUUGUUCUGUAUUAUUAAAAAAAAUUAAACAAGAUAUAAAUUUAAAAAUAACAACUGGCGUUUAUCACUACAAUUAGAGUAACUGAAGAGAGUAAAAGAGCAAGUGUUAGAGAGUAAAGCGGUGGGUGAGCAAGUGAGUUAUACUUUGGGAAGCCUGAGAAGGUUGUGGGUGAAAAGCUCAAGUUAAAUACAAACGCACAAAUACAAAUAAUAAUGGCGAAUCCACGUAAAUUUAGUGAAAAAAUCGCUUUACAAAAGCAAAAACAAGCUGAGGGUACAGCUGAAUUUGAGAAAAUUAUGAAUGAGGUUAAGGCAACCAGAGUCGUAGAUAAUGUCCUAGGCAACACAGAUCUAACCGAUGGUAAUGGUUUACAUAGAAAUGCUAGUUUAAGUGGCGGUAGUGGUGGCAGUGGUACAAGUAGUGGAGCCAGUGGUGGUGGUGCUUCUCCGGAUGCAAAUGCUGGAGGUAGUGGAAGUAUAGGAGGCGGUGGCGGAGGAGGAGGUGGUGGUGGUGGUAUUGGUAUAAUAAACACAACAUCUGGCUCUCCCACAUAUCGAGAAUCAAGAGGCCGCAGUGUAGGUGUUGGCCCCAUGAGAAGACCCUCGGAACGUAAACAAGAUCGAUCUCCCUACGGUAGUACCGCCAGCGGUCUUAUGCUAAGCGGUGUAACGCAACAAACACAAAACAGUUAUUUAAGUCCACCCAUGGAUAGUAGUAGUUGGAGACGUUCAAAUUCCGAUUCUGCUUUACAUCAAACGCUUAACAAUUUGACAGAGGGAAAUUUUGGCGCAUCCAGUCCAGUACCCAGUAUGGGCGAUAUAAAUUCUCUGCAUGCCAAUUAUCACCAUCAUCAUCAACAUCAAACUCAUAACAGCCAAAGAUCUCAAUCGCCCAAUAUAGGGCGCAGUUAUAGUCCACAAGCACAAAGAAGAAAAAACACAUUGCUACAGCAACAACAGCAGCAACUACAACAGCAACAACUGCAGCAUCAACGUUUACAAAUGCAGCAGCAACAACAAGCACAACAACAGCACCAACAGCUACAGCAACAUUUACAAAAUCAACAACAAAGUUUACAGCAGCAACAACAGCAGCAGCAGCAACAACAUUUGCAUCACCACCAACAACAGCAACAACAAUAUGUCAAUGCCAAAUACAACAACUCCAAUAUCAUGUUCAAAUCCCUGCACGAACAGCAAUUAUCAUUUAACAACACCGGCUCAUUACCCGACUUAACUUCCCUACACUAUGCGAACCAACCAAAUGCAACCAAUAACAGCAGCACACAAAUGAUGCCAACAACAGCAACACAACAGCAACAGACUCUUUCGCCCAUCCUAUCGCCACAUCAUAAUAAUGGAUGUCAUGAUCGGGAUCAGUCGCCUAGUCCCUUUAGUCCUCCCAGUACAGCAGGUGGAGGUAAUAGUGGGGGUGGCCCUCCCUCUCCAUACCAUCAACAGGAAAAUUCUCCAACAUCUGCCACCAAUACCCCCACAGCUAAUGUUCAAACCUCACCGCAUUUGUCCUUUACCAACUUGUCUGUACAAUCGCCCGUGAAUGUACAGCAAACGAACACAGCACAAAAUACAGCCGCUGCCCUUAACACAUUGCCAACACUGGGUAAUCUAACGGACUAUCGUCAACCAUUAAAUCCACCCAGUCCUGGUUCUUCCCCCGGCCUUUUAACAUCGGGCCCAGCCAACGAUAUACACACAAGUGCACCGCCUAGUCCCAUAAGACAUUGUCAAAGUAAUCUGAAUUCCUCCGUUAGCGGAGCGAAUAGUAGUCAAAACCCACAAAACCAAAUACCAACACAAAGUUUACAAACCACAUUUGGGAAUCUGGACUCCAACACUGGUUAUAAUACGCUUAAUCCUGCUUUUCAUAAUCACUUCGAACAGUUUCAUCUGGGAGAUAAUAGUCAGUCGCCGCAAAAUAAUUACGAUGCUUUGGAAUUUGAAGACUUGGGCAUGGGCAACCAGCAACACAAUAACUUUAAUACUAAAAUAAUAGACUUUGGAGAUUUGACAACACCGUCAUCCAAUACCCCGUCAAAUACAACAAGAACGAACUCAACAAAUAGCACAUCCAACUGUAAUAAUAAUAACAAUUUACCACAACAACAGCAGCAGCAGCGAAAUAACUCCCAACAAUUCCAACAUCACCAUCAACAGCAACAACUUUUAAACAAUAAUUCGACCACAAGUAGCACGAGUAGUAAUGCGAAUAGCAAUGGUCCUGCGAAUGCCUGUAGAACAGGUCUGAUGAAUAACAAUGAUAGACAAGACAUAUUAUCGGCCAAUUCAUCACCCAUACCUUCGCCUUUAUCACAUGGUGUGCCACCACCUUCCUCGCCCUUACCUAUACCUAUGUCAGCACAUUCGCCACAUCAGCAGCAGCUGUCGUUAUCGGUCCAAACAUCGCCACAUCAUUCGCCUAUGCAUUCGCCGCAUCACUCGCCUUCCCCUUUGUCGGUAUCAUCACCCGGUCUGACAAUGUUGGGUGGUAGUGUAUCGCCUGUACCUUCACCAUCCGCGCACAUAAUGCAGCAACAACAACAGCAGCAGCAGCAUAAUCAUCAUCUAAAUAAUCAAACAGCGAAUCAAAUGCAUCACAAUCAAACGCAAUCAUCACACAACAAUCAUCAUCAUCACCAUCAUCAUCAACAGCAGCAGCAGCAACAGAAUCAAGCACACAUACCUACAACCACUACAAAUAUACCCCAAAUUAUAUUCUCCGAUUAUUCCUCAUCGCGUGAUAUCUUCGAUAGUCUCGACCUUGAUUUGGGUCCUAUCGAUGGCGCCGGAUUACAAAUGCUAUCGGAACAAAAUCCCAUCAUGAUUGCCGAUCCCUCAAUAGAGGAUAGUUUUCGUAGAGAUCUUAACUGAUACUACGAGGAAGCUGUUGCAGCUAUUGAGAGUGGUAUCCUCUUAGAGGACUCGUUCGAUCCCCUAGGUCCGCUUGUCGAUGUAACAGAAGUAUUAGGCAAUCCUCCCCUGGCAACACAACUUCAUCAUCAUCAUGUAAAUAAACCUCAAAAUGAUGACACCACCUCCUCCAACUGUGCCAUUGGUUGCGGUGUAGGCGGCGGCGGCAUUGGCAUUGACACCACCAACAGCAUUUGUGGUGAGGAACUAAAUGAUACCCAUGUUAAUAGAGACGAUAUCUUAAGCAGCUUAAACGACCAACUCAACGACGAGGCUCACGAUGAUGAAGACGAUGAGGUACGAAAUUUCUUUUUCUAAAUCAUGUCAUUUCGAAUCAUUAUAUUACAUAUAGAUAGACCCGGCAUAGUAAAACUGACUUGUAACCUCUAGCAUAGAAGAGAGCGCCAAAGAACUGAAGCAAAUUUAUAUACAUAUUUGGUUAAAAAAAUAGUUUAGAACAGUCCCCUCCCCUCCUCUCUUGGUAAAGCAAAUGCAACAGCCUGAACUUGAUAAGCUUUCAAAUAACCUAAAUUACCAUGUACAGAAUUUAAGCUAUAGCGGAGGAAGUAUUUCUGAAAUUUAAGAGAGAAUGUUUUCUAUAUUAUUUCGAUUGAAAUAUUCUAUAAGUUGCUGGUAUGAAUGGUUUCAUUUGUGCCAUAAAAGGAUCUAUUAUAUAUGCCGAUCUACUUAAAUUCAAAAUACUUUAAAAAUGAUAUUGUUGGAUCGUUUAACAGUCAAAAUCAGCUGUGCUGAAGUGUUAUAAAUACAAAGGCUAUUUAUUAGUUCCUUAUAAAUACUAUUUGUCCUAUUUUAGACCUUUUUAAAAACGUUUUAAUUUAUGGAUUUGUUGAUCAUAUUUCCUGUGAUAUAUAUUAUAUUUCGAUAGACCAGAUACAAGUCUAUUAUACGGUGGGACAAAAUUACUAAAUGUGAAUAUACUCACCACGUGGACGAGUGCAAUUUGGGGAAUAAAUCCCGAUCUACUUAGCAAGUUCAAUAGAUCGCACUUGAUCAUAUGCUGAGUAAUUUUUUGCCGUGAAACAGCAGCACUUAUAGGAGAAAAGCUUUUGUUUUAGACUCUAGUUUAAAAUGUUCGUUCUCUUAAAUUUCAUAAAUAUUUUCCGUCAAUUUCAAAAUCUUACAAAAUUUAAUUUGUAUUAAACACAACAACAACAACAAAAAAUGUAAAAUCAAAGAACAGGUUCUUAAUGAGUUUUAAAUCUAAUUUAAUUAAACAAAAAAUUUAAUUAAAACGUAUUUGGUACAAAAACAAAACAAACAAAGAAAUAUUUAUAUAUAUUUAUAUACAAUAUUAAAUUAAAUUAAAUAAAAUCAAUAUGUGCAAUAAAAUCGAAUUAUAGGGAAGUAUUAAAACAAAAAGCAACAACAAAAAAGAAAUAAAUUCAAUCAAAAUCAAAAGUCAUAAAAACAAACAACAAAAACAAAACACAAAAAUAUAUUAUAUAGAAAAAUUAAUAACAGAGAUUACAUUAACGAUCAGCCAGCUCCCUUUAAACCCCUUAAUCCAAAAGUGUCUUAGACCCGUGUGACAAAAGAAACAUACUUAUGCAUCACAUCACACAUUACAUCUCACAACAACCGCAACCGAAUUGCUGAUAAUAUUAAAAAUAAAACAUAAAACAAACUUCAUAAAAACUAUAUAAAAAAAAACAUAUUUUAUCCGCGCUAAUAUUUAUAUAUUUUACAAAUUAAAAUCAACACAGUUUUACUACAAAUUAUGAUCGAAUACAAUUAUAAAAAAUAGUCAAAUAAAUGUGAACCUACACUGAAAAAAAAUUUGUAAUCUUGCAUUCAUUAAAUGUUGAAACACACAUAAAGUAAAAUAAAUAGUUUUUAAUAGAUAUUUUGUUUAUAAAGAGAAUUUAUACAUAAUUUUUUUUUUGGAAUAUCUCACCAAAAUUCCAUUAUGAUAGCCGAUCCCUUAAUAGAGUAUAGUUUUCGCGGAGAUAUUAACUGAUAUUAGGAGUAAGCUAUAUUCUCAUAGAUAUUUGGAAAUUGGAAAUAUUUAGGAUUUUUUUAAGAAAAUAUCAGAAACAUCAAAUUAUGAGAUUUCGGAUCAAGAUUUAUAAACGCAAUACCUAAACUCACAAAAUAUUAACAAACCCCGUGAGAGAGCUCUCUAAUAUCUUAUAUUUACAAAGAGAUAUUGGAGAGAGUUACAAACGUGCUCUCUAACAAGUUUAGUUAGUUUCCUAUGUAUGUAUGUAUAUGUGAGCAAUAGAACUUUUUGCCUAUUUCUACUCUAAAAUGAAAAAGUCUUCCUCUCUCUCUCGCCGAUUAAUCUCUAAAAUGGUCAAUGCAGAGAUUUAUAAACUAUUUAAGGACCUUUUAUAAGAACAUAUGUAUCUAAACUCACAAAAAAUGGUUAAAACCCGUCAGAGAGUUCUCUACCAAUAUCAUAUCUACAAACAGACAUCUGAGAGAGUUACAAGCGAGCCUUCUAACAAGUUUUGUUUGUCUAUCUCUACUUUCAAAGUAAAAAAUUUACUUCUCUCUCUCUCUCUCUCUGAUAAAUCUCUAUUUUACAUACAGUCAUUUCCACUAAUAUGUAACCACCUGGUUGACCCAUUCGUCAUCAAUGUAAUCUUCGUAAAAGAGAGCGAACAAUCUUUACUCUACCUACCUAGUCGAGAGCGAAUACGCUCGUCAUUUUACUGUAUUCUAGUUAAACGAGAGAGGGAUUAUUUGAAAUUAGAUUUUUGUAUCAAUUGUCCAUUUGUAGUCGAAGUGUUACUUGGUUAAUAUCUCUAAAGAAAUGACCUCCUAGGACAUGCCCAUAUUAAAGUAAGUGGGGUGAGACCCUAAGUUGUGGGUUAACUAGUUACUAGCAUAACUUCUGGUCUCAGCAAUCCCAGCAGUUCGACAAAGAGUCAAUGCAUCGGAAAAAGACUAUGAUACCCACUAACGUCUAACCACCUGGUUGCUUCUAAUUCGUCUUUCGUGACGGAUGUACUCUUUGUAAACGAGGAUGAAGAUAAUCUUCACAUUAGUGUCCCUUUGUAAGCGACAGAGUGGACACUUAAAAAAUAAACUUAAGCUUUGAUUGACGAUUAACUUCCUUGUAGGACAAGCACAUGUAAAAAUAGCUAGUCACCUGGGCAUUCAGUGGCUAGGGGUAACCCUAAGUGGUAGGGAUUCGACAGAGUCAUUGCAUGCGAAAAAAAAGACAGUCAUUUCGUCUAACAUCUACGAAUCUCUUUGUAAACAAGGGUGAAUACAGUCCUUUGUAUCUUUUGUAAGUGAGAGCGGUGGCAAUCGUCACUUUACAGUCACCGAGUAAUCUAUAAAGUGGAAACGUAAAAAAAAACUUAAAUGAAUUGGAUUAUUGCCAGGUAUUGCCAAUAAUGCACCUUUGUAAUCUACAAAGGUGCCUACUAGGACCUAAGACAAGCACAUGUCCUAACCUAAACCCUAAGUAGAACAGCUGGGCACUUUUUUUAGAAUUGUAUAAAUGUGUGGGUUGCCAUCUGUUCGAAAAAGUUAUCCGUUAAUUGCAUUAAUUUUUAUUAACACCUAACCUUCAGGUUGAUUCUCUAAUGCGUAUGUACUAUUUGUAAGCGAGAGUGAAGACAGUCAUCACUUUAGUGUCCCUUUUGUAAGCGAUAUCGAAGACAGUUGUCAAUUCACUGGCUUCAAGUAAUCUAGUGAAUAGACACUUCAAAAAAACUCAAGUGAAAAUGUUCAUGGCCAAUAAGUGGGUUCUCAUCUGUUCGAUAAAUUUAUCCGAAAAUUACAUUUAUUUUUAUUAACAUCUAACCUUCAGGUUGGCUCUCUAAUGCGUAUGUACUCUUUGUAAGCGAGAGUGAAGACAGUCACCACUUUAGUGUCCCCUUUGUAAGCGAGAGAGAAGACAGUUGUCAAUUCACUGGCCUCAAGUAAUCUAGUGAAUAGACACUUCAAAAAAAAAAAACUCAAGUGAAGGUGUAGGUUUUAGAAUUAUCAUCGUGCUGGUACUUUUAAGUGCCAAACUUCAUAUAAAAAUGAAUUCGCUCUCUUUGGCUAAAUUCGCAUUUUAUUCGCUCUAGAAAAGCAUAAGAUUGCGUGAUACACGUUAAGCAUUUCCAGAAUCCACUGACGUAUGUAUAUCUAUCCCAUAGUGUGAUCGAUUUUGAUUUAAUAUUGAGUAAUAUUGACUCCUGACUGACUUAAAACCUCGGGAAAUAAAUACUUUCAAAUAGAAUAAAUUGUCAGGGAAUCAUAUGUUUAGUUGGAGCUCAGUGAUAUCUGCAACAUUAUUAAAAAUACUGGGGGCUUUGUACAUCAAGUUCCACUUUACUUUAAAAUAAAAAGAAUCGUAAACUACUCUCUUUAGAAUUACUUAGUCUCUAACGCGCGGGACGCGGUACUAAGAAAUUAAAGUAAAACAAAUUUUGACACGUUUCACUGUCUGGUAUUUUCAAUUAAAAAAUAGUUAGUCCCUCUCAAAGCGAGCUCAUACAAAAUGGAGUUAUUUAAACAACUAUUUAAGACAACAGUGAGGAAUUGAGGGUGAAAAACUAGGAGCAAUAUUAUACGAUAUAAUAGCAAAUUAUUCUUUGGCGGACACUAUGAAACUUUAUGGAAUUAUACGAAUUACUCUUAUGGUCAUUAUGACUCACCACAGGAGAAUGCAUUUGGAAUGCAUUUGCCUUAUGCAAGGUCGAAUAAUUAAUCUUUUUAUGAAAAGAGUUUUACAGUUCUGGCUUUGGCUUGAUCAAGGCGAUUCUAUAUAAAAUGAAGUUACUGACCUAUUUACAAAAAAAUUAAGCGAAUUCGUUAUAUUUUUAUAUAUAUAUGAAGUUUGACAGUGAAGAAGGAAGAAAAUAUUACAGAUUUAAAAUUUUUAUCUUAAAAUCGGCAGGUUGAACUUUCAGAGGAUUAGGUCAUUUUAUAAACGUAAAUGUCCCUAAUAAGGCCAAAACGACUUCCUAAAUCCUCAAGUAACGCAUAAAUUCUGAUUUCAGAUUCAAUUUGAUCCUUUAAAGAAGUAUACUUUAUACUGUGGGUUAAAAACUUGUUGAACUGUGUAAUCGUAUGAAUAGAUAUAAAAUCCUUAUACAUUUUUUAUACAAAAAAAAUUAUGCCAGAAAAUUGUACAAUUCUCAAAUAGUUUAUAAACAAAAUAUCUUAAAAACAAGAAAUAAGAAAAUUUUAUUAAACCUUUAAUAACUGCAAAAACAACCAUUUAACCACAAAUACAAUUUAAUUAACACUAAAUAUUUUUUAAUUAAAUUAAACUUCCAAAGUUUCUUAAACGAAAAAAAUUAAUUAAAAAAAUUGUUUGAUAUAAUUAAAACUACUACUUCCUAUCGUUAAAAUACUACCUAUAACUACACAGAACUGUUUAUUAUUUUUUUAUAUAUGUAUGUGUAAAUGUAUAUAUAAAUAUAUAUAUAAUUUUAAAGACGAUUUAUUUUUAAAAUAUAACGAACGAUAUCAAAAACAACUCUGAUAGAAAGCCUAUUCAAAAAAAAAA